CGCCCACUGUUCCUCUAGCUGUACAGAGCACACAUACAGAGCGAGCGAGCGCGGAAUAAACACCGCACGCGCGCGCGACCACAUACAUACAUACAUACAUACAUACAUACAUACAUACAUACACACACACAUAUUAUAUAUAUUUAUAUUCACACACGCGCACACACAUACACGCACGCGCGUCAGCACGCCGCAGCAGGACUCGCGCGCACCGGUGGAUGACGGGGUGAGUGAUUAUGCUCGGUGCAGGAGCGGUGAGCUCGCGCUGUGCUCGCGCUGCGCACUGGGACAGGUGUGUUACCUGUGGCGGACUUCCCGCUUCCUCCUUCCGGCUCCGGGUGCGAUAGAAACACCGCCAGGCGCGUGCCGGUUUAUUCCGGGUUAAAGGUGCGGCUGUUCGGACAGAAUUAGCGUCAGGAGCAGGAACAGCAGGAGGAACAGCAGGAGCAGGAGGGACAUACCGCCUUCGGUAACACCGACAGCACGAGCUCGAGACAAUCAGGCCUGUGUUUGUGACAUAAACACGCUUUAUUAUCGGCCUCUGACGCAGCGCGCGACCGGACACGGCCAUGCACGCGUCUCAGUCGGACCUGGAGGACCAUCACCAUCCUCAUCCUCCUCCUCCUCCUCUUCGUCCUCAUCCUCCACCGGAGAACGGCUUCGUGACACCGGAAGCGCCGUCUCCGGGGUUGAUGCUCUCGCGCGUGGACGGCUGCGUCCUGCCUUUCCUGGGCGGCUUCGGUCGGUACCAGAAGCAGCUCGUGGUGCUCACGUGGAUCCCGGCUCUGUUCAUCGGCUUCAGCCAGUUCUCUGACUACUUCCUGCUCGCGCAACCGAACAGCACGUGCCUGCGGACCAGCAACGGCACCAGAGCGCCCGAGCACGAGAGUACCACCGCCAUGACCUCCUCCAUGAUCUCCUCCAUGAUCUCCCCAAUGAGUUCUCCCAUGAGCUCAUCCAUGAGCUCCUCCGCUCCGUUUCUCCCUCACGCGCUUCACACCGAGGUGGAGAUGAACAAGAGCCAGCGAUCUCUGGAGCACUGCGCGUGCGAGAACGAGACAUUGACGCACCAGCUGCUGUCAGGACUUAAACAGAAUGUUGUGACCAAGUGGAAUCUGGUGUGUGACUCUGCUUGGAAGGUACACAUCGCUAAGUUCUCCCUGCUGGUUGGUUCCAUAUUCGGGUAUCUGGUUCUUGGAGUGCUGGCUGAUUGGUUUGGACGUCAUGCGGUGUUGGUGGUCUCGGUGUUCUUCACGCUGGUGUUUGGUCUGUCUGUGGCCUUCUCCAUUAACGUCACCAUGUUCAGCACACUACGCUUCUUCGAGGGUUUCUGGCUUGCUGGGAUCACACUCUCCCUCUACGUCCUGAGGAUCGAGUUGUGUCUCCCUGGCUGGCGGUUCUCCAUGACGAUGGUUGCUAACUUUGUGGUGCUAGCAGGGCAGUUGCUAAUGCCAGGACUUGCUGCCCUGUGCUCUGAUUGGACGAUUCUUCAGGCUGUUAUCAUCUGCCCCCUGUCACUGAUGCUGUCCUACAUAUGGUUAUUUCCAGAGUCUCUGCGCUGGUUGUUAGCGACACAGCAGUACUCUCGCUCCAAAUGGCUUAUUGAGCGCAUCGCUAAGAAGAACAACACAAAUGUGGACACACACGAACUUAUUACAGAGCUGAACAGGGUUUUAGAGAAACCACCAAAGAAGACAUGUAUUGUGAAGAUGGUUGGCACGAGGAACCUGUGGAAGAACAUUGUGGUGCUUUGUGUAAACUCAUUAGCUGGUUAUGGGAUCCAUCACUGUUUUGCACGCAGCAUGAUGGAUCAUGAUCACCAGCGCAUCACCAUGUUCCAUAACUUCUACGCUGAUUAUUACACACUGGCAGGAAUCGCCGUGGCAACGGGUCUGGCUCUGUGUCCUGCAGUGGGCAUUAUGGGACGCCGGGGGGGUUUACUGAUGUUUAUGAUCAUUACUGCACUCGCAUCAUUACUGCAGCUCGGCCUGCUUAACUUGGUUGGAAAAUAUAGCGUUCAGCUUAAGAUUGAGUCAGAAACUCUGAAGUCAGACUUCCAUGCGGCGUUCUCCAUCAUCGGCAUGUUCUCCUCCCAGGCUGUCAGUAACCUGAGCAUCUUUUUCUGUGCAGAAAUCACCCCCACUGUGAUCAGGGGAGGAGGUCUGGGUCUGGUGUUAGCGAGCGCUGGGUUUGGGAUGCUAACGGCACCCAUCAUGGAGCUGCACAACCAGAAAGGCUACUUCCUACACCAUGUGAUCUUCGCCUGCUGCACGCUCAUUUGCAUUAUCUGCAUCCUGCUGCUUCCUGAGUCACGCCACCAGCCCCUCCCAGAGUCUCUAGCUGAGGGAGAGGGCUACACCCGCCACCCCCUGCUGCCCCCCCACAAGAAACCUGCAGAACAGCUUCACCUGCUGCCUGGCCCCCAUGGCCGCGCCUACGCCAAUGACGAACACACAGCUGAGCGCGCUAGCGACUACUCCAACGUCAGAGGAACGCCUCUGCGAGAGGUUGCCGUCUCCACCGUUGAGUCCACAGCAUCGUCCACCAUCGCUCCUGAAGACGACCCUGCUGAAGAACCGGGAGACGAACUUAAUGCUGUGAGACUUAACGUUCUCAGGCACAUCGACAACUCGAAGCCUGCAGCAACUGAUUCACUUCCUGAUCUUAUUGUUAAUGCCCCACCCCCUGAUGCCCCAGAAUCCCCACCCACUCUACACAGUAGCCCAUCCCCAUACACCCUAGACUGUGAAACACUACCCAAAAUGGACGAUGAUGUCACCAGGUCUCCAGGAGGUAAAUCGGUGGACCUUCCUGAACUUGUAACUCCACCCAUUACACAUGUAGCACCAUCCACACUUUCAUCCUUCCCCCCUCCAUCCUCUUCCUCUCCUAUAGACUCUAAUCCUCUGCUGUCUCCAUUCCCUCCAUCAGACUCCUCCCCUUUAGAGCCUUCUUCACCAUCCAUUUUAGAUGAAACUGUGAUACGGUCUUUACCUCUGACUGUGAAAGAUCCUGUCCCCCCCUCAAAAGUCGACUCUACCACAUCCUCUCCCAUAGACUCAGCUGUGGACUGUACCAUCAGCACUGCUAAUGGGGGAGCGUCUUCCUGAUGGGCGUCAGCAUAUGGUGGAAAAGUUUUGUGAAAUCCUUUGGCUUCUUUAGUCAAGCUGCUGCGAAGGGAUUUACUGACACACACAAAAGGGAGGAGUUUGAUGUCACAUGGGAGCUUUCCAGGUGGUGAUUGGAGGCAAUAGGUGUCACCGUGAAGACACUGGAAUCACUGCUGCUGUGUGAAGUGAAAAACUAACACUCUACUGACUAAUGAAAAAAAAAAUGCUGAUGUGUCCAAAUUCACUGCAGACUAGUUUUAGUGUACUUUUUAUUAGUGUGCUUUGUAAAAAAGUGCUAAAUGAGACAUGUCCAAAAGGGAGGUUUUCCUUCCCUACACAGCCAAUGCAGCCACUAACUCUGUGUGUGUGUGUGUGUGUGUGUGUGUGUGUGUGUGUGUGUGGUGCCAUCCUGAAAGUCUUAAAACAAUCUAAACUGUAAUCCCUAUCUCCUGAUGAGUGAAUUCCUAAUCCCUAGUCUCUAAUCUCUUGGUCCUAAUCCCUGUGUUCACUAACCCCAGUCUGCUGGUCUUCACCAGACCCACUGCAGUGUUCCUAAGGACUGGAGAGAGGGAAGAAAACACCAACAGAGUGUCAAUUUACUUAUAACCUCAGAUAUAAUCUCUGGAGUGUAUACACACACACACACACACUCACACUCGCAAACACUCUUACUCACACACACCCCUCAGUGUUAACCCGGCGCUCCAGUGAGAGAUGAACUCAGUGUUUCAUUUAUAGUGUAUGAACUGACAUGUAUUUCAGCAUUACAAGGUCAUUAAGGUCAUUAGUCAGUUGUUAGUUCUUCAUCUGGACCUUCACACAGUUUAGGGACAGAACACUGGAUUUAUCCGCUACCCCUAAACACUGAUCGCUAACAACUAAUCUUUGAACACUGAUCCCUGAACACUGAUCCCUAAACACUGAUCCCUAAACACUGAUCCCUAACCACGAUCCAUAACCAUUGAUCCCUAAACACUGAUCCUUAAACACUGAUCCAUAACCACUGAUCCCUAAACACUGAUCCUAAACACUGAUCCCUAAACACUGAUCCCUAAACACUGAUCCUAAACACUGAUCCCUAAACACUGAUCCCUAAACACGAUCCCUAAACACUGAUUCAUAAACACUGAUCCCUAAACACUGAUCCAGAACCACUGAUCCCUAACCACUGAUCCCUAAACACUGAUCCCUAAACACUGAUCCUUAAACACUGAUCCCUAAACACUCAUCCCUAAACACGAUCCCUAAACACUGAUCCAGAACCACUGAUCCCUAACCACUGAUCCCUAAACACUGAUCCAUAACAAAUAAUCUCUGAACACUGAUCCUUAAACACUAACUGUAAUCCCUAAUCCCUUAAUAUUUUGUUGAAAGAUGACGAAUGGUGUAAUAAAUAAUGGUGUGUGUGUGUGUGUGUGUGUGUGUGUGUCAUGAUCACUAUUGUAACAAAGCAUGUAAACAUGAUGCUAAAGAAGAUAACAUGGACUCAUGUAAAGCUAUACGAUGUUGUAACACACACAAUGUUGAUGUAACUGUGUUGUGGCUUUAAAUUGAGGUUGUUUUUUCAAUAAGAAAAUGUAAAUAAAACACACACACACACACACACACACACACACACACACACACACACAAGGGCGUGGCUACUGAGGAAGCAAUAAGGUAUUUAUUUACUGAUGUUUUAGUGCCAUGUGAAACUUUAUUUUUCUUUUAUAUUAAUGAAUGCCGGCUUCAGCACACACACACACACACACACGCACACACAUUCAUUAGCGUAUUUUUCUAGACUUUUUUUACACAAGCAUUCAGAAGCAGAAACUCUUCUUGACCUUGAGAUGCCCUUUAUCCAUACAUUACUGUAACAAUGGAGAGUGAGGAGACCAACACACUUCUUCUGAGACACUAGGAAAAGAUCUACCCUCUGCACUAAGAAACCGAGUAGCAGGGUCACAGUUCCUGCCCUCUUCUACAGUCACCAGCUUACAAAUACUCUGAUUGGCCAGUGAUGCUGUGAUUGACAGGAGAGAGAUCUUAUACCCUUCCCCGCAGACAGCUUCUGGCUGUAGUUUCAGUGCUGUUCUCUCUUUUUUAUUUUUUUUUUAUUUUUAUUUUUUUUUUUACAAGGCAGGAAUGAAGGAGUAAAGGAGGAGUCGGGGUGGAGUGAAGGUGGGGUCAGGGUAGAGUGUCAGUGGGGUAGAGUGUCAGUGGGGUGGAGUGAUUGCAUCACACUAAAAUACAAGAAGUGGAGAGAAUGGAUUUUGAAUCCUGGAUUAAUUUGUUACUCUGAUGAUUAUUGUAGCUGCAGGAAGUGAAGUACUGAAGAUCUGAUCUGCCAAAUUUUAUAUCCAGACUCACAUAUGUGGUGUUUUUCCUCAGUGCCAUGAGAACAGUGUUCGUGUGUGUGUGUGUGUGUGUGUUCGUAUGGGUUCAUGUGUGUUUCUCUGCCAGAGAUAACAUCAUUAAUAAAGAGUUAAAUCAUCUCAAAGAACAUUGUGAAGAUAACCUGCUGCCUGAAACGCGUCUGUUAUUAGCAUAUUAGCAUGGUGCUGGUGUAACACCAAGCUUUAAACCUUCUCACAAAUCAGUAUACAAUCAGCAAGAAAUCCAAUACAGAUAUUGAAAAGCAUCAGAUCGUUCCCUCGUGAAUUCUUUCCCACAUGAGGAAGCUGAGUUUGUGUUGUGGAGUAAAAAGUGAGAGCAAAACAGUGAUGAAGUGCGAUGAAGAUGAAUUCCUGGUGAGUGAUCUCAUGCAGUCUUCCACAGAUUUGAGAGGAAUAAGAGAUGAAAAAUGGGUUGUUCAAUAAACAAACACAGUGAA